AUGGCCGCGUCUGGUCGGCAAACGCUGCUUCUCUCGACGGCGUCAGAUCCGAGGCAACGGCAACGAUUGGUGACUCUGGUUGAAGCUGGUCAGCAUUUGCAGCCGAUCGAGUAUUGUCCGGCGGAGGCUGUUGAUCAUAUGCCUUGCGAGGAUCCGAGGAGGAAUAGUCAGCUUAGUAGAGAGAUGAAUUUCUAUCGGGAGAGACAUUGUCCGUUACCGGAGGAGACUCCUCUCUGCUUGAUUCCUCCUCCUUCUGGUUAUAAAAUUCCUGUUCCUUGGCCGGAGAGUCUGCACAAGAUUUGGCAUGCAAACAUGCCAUAUAACAAAAUUGCUGACCGGAAAGGUCACCAAGGAUGGAUGAAAAGAGAGGGGGAACACUUCACUUUCCCAGGCGGUGGCACCAUGUUUCCUGGAGGAGCAGGCCAAUACAUUGAAAAACUUGCACAGUAUAUUCCGCUAAAUGGAGGAACUCUAAGAACUGCCCUUGACAUGGGAUGCGGGGUAGCAAGUUUUGGAGGCACUCUAUUGUCUCAAGGCAUUCUUGCACUCUCGUUUGCUCCAAGAGAUUCGCAUAAAUCACAAAUUCAAUUCGCCCUGGAAAGAGGAGUGCCUGCAUUUGUUGCCAUGCUUGGCACUCGUAGACUCCCCUUUCCUGCAUUCUCGUUUGACUUGAUGCAUUGUUCCCGAUGCUUGAUUCCUUUUACAGCUUACAAUGCAACUUACUUCAUCGAAGUAGAUAGGUUAUUGCGCCCUGGAGGGUAUCUUGUAAUCUCUGGACCACCAGUACAAUGGCCUAAACAAGACAAAGAAUGGGCUGAUCUUCAGGCUGUAGCUAGAGCUUUGUGCUAUGAGCUAAUUGCAGUUGAUGGAAACACUGUCAUCUGGAAGAAGCCUGUUGGAGAUUCAUGUCUACCCAGCCAGAAUGAGUUUGGGCUUGAGUUGUGUGCCGAGUCUGAUCCGCCAAGUGAUGCAUGGUAUUACAAAUUGAAGAAAUGUGUUACUAGGCCAUCGUCCGUCAAAGGAGAAUAUGCUUUGGGAACUAUUUCCAAGUGGCCGGAAAGGCUUACUAAAGUUCCUUCUAGGGCCAUUGUCAUGAAAAACGGGUUGGAUGUGUUUGAAGCAGAUGCAAGGCGGUGGGCAAGACGAGUUGCUUAUUACAGGGAUACUCUGAACUUGGAGCUGAAACCUCCAGCUGUCCGCAAUGUUAUGGACAUGAAUGCCUUCUUUGGAGGUUUUGCCGCAGCUCUUGCAACUGAUCCUGUGUGGGUUAUGAAUGUUAUUCCAGCUCGAAAGCCAUUAACUCUUGACGUGAUUUAUGACAGAGGUCUCAUCGGUGUUUACCACGAUUGGUGUGAACCUUUUUCAACAUAUCCCCGUACGUAUGAUUUCAUCCACGUAUCGGGAAUUGAAUCACUGAUAAAACGACCAAACUCAAGCAAAUCGAGGUGUAGCCUAGUAGAUCUAAUGGUAGAGAUGGACAGAAUAUUGCGACCAGAAGGAAAAGUUUUGAUACGAGACUCUCCUGAGGUGCUAGACAAAGUGGCAAGAAUGGCCCAUGCUGUAAGAUGGUCUUCUUCCAUACACGACAAAGAACCCGAAUCACAUGGAAGAGAGAAGAUCCUUAUUGCAACCAAAUCUCUCUGGAAAUUACCAUCGAACUAG